AUGGGCCAACCUCCUAUUCCACCCACUCCCAGUGAGGUCAAUGUCAGUGGUAAAACGGUCAUCAUCACCGGUGGCAAUGCUGGUUUGGGGUACGAGGCUGCCAGACAAUACCUUACACUGGGUGCCUCUCGCGUAAUUCUGGCAUGUCGUUCUAUUGCUCGAGGAAAAGACGCCGUAGCAUCCCUCCGAGCUGACCCUACCGUCAAAACGCCCAAUCCCGACGCCUUGAUCGAAGUGUUCGAACUCGACCUCGACGACUACCAAUCUGGACUCCGAUUUGCUAAGAAGGUGAAGGAUGAGGUCAAGGAACUUGAUAUCCUCUUGAACAAUGGUGGACAGGUCUUUUUAGGAUAUGAGAAAAGCAAGAGUAACCAUGAGCGGAACAUGCAAGUGAACUGCUACACCCACCUUCUCAUUUGUCUUGAGCUGUUCCCGCUCUUGCGAUCUACCGCCGCGGUUAGAGGAUUGCCUUCUCGUAUCACAUUUACGGGCUCUGCCACCCAGAUUAAGCAAAAUACUCUAUCCAAAAAACCUAUAGCGCCUGACAGCUCGGUACUCAGCCACUUUGAUGAUGAAGCUACUUUUAGCAAAUUCUUUCGUUAUGCUGAUACCAAAACUGUUGUCAAUGCCUAUGUUCGCCGCCUGGCUGCAUUGGCGCCCUCCGAAGUCAUCGUCAACAACCCAUGUCCUGGCCUUGUGCAAACGGGGCUGGAUAAAAAUCUUCCAUUCUACCUGAGGAUUCCAAUGGGGCUCGUACGCAAGUCUAUGGCUCGUACAGUGGAAGAGGGAGCGCGAACGUUGAUCUUCGCAAGCGUCGUUGCGGGACCUGAAACUAAUGGCAAGUUUUUGCAACAUAACAAAGUUGACCCAGGUGCUGCUUUUCUCAAUACUCCUGAGGGAGAAGAGUUUAUUGGAAAAUUAUGGAGGGAGUCGGUGGAAGACGUUGCCGCCUUGGAUCUCGCACUUAGUGUUUACGCCUAAAUUUAUGCUUUCCAUGGUCUCGCCAUUCCUGUGUCAAUAAGAUCCAGAGCAGUUCAUUAUAUAUAAAUGAU